AAAAACGGGUGUGUAUUUGCAUCUUCUAGACGCCAUUGAAACUUGAAAUAUAAAUAAUACACCGGACCAAACUCAGGACUCUCUCUCUUUCUCUCUGUGUCUCCAGGUUUUCUGAGAACAUUGAUACACACAAGGAUCUCGUAAAAAUGCAGGGUACUGUGCUGGCAUUCACGGAUGAUGCAGCUCUGCCAUUGAGUACAGUUAUAAGUGCAAUGAGGGAGCUUGGGUAUGAAAAGGCUGAACCAUUUGAUCCUCUAAUUAUCACUCAAGCAUCUUCUUUAAGUCGGCUUCCAGUGGAAUCUUCAUCUGUCGACAUUGUCAUUCUCAUCUGCAGGUCGCUUGAAUCUUCUCAAGAUUUGUUAUUUGAGGACAUUUUAAGAGUGUUAAAGCCAGGUGGGACUGUCCUUGUUUACAAGACUUUUCAUUCUGGUUCCGGGGAGACAGAUAAGGCAAUCUCUGCUCUUGAGCGCAAGUUGCUUUUGGCUGGAUUUUUAGAAGCGCAAUCUCUACAACUAAAAUCAGUUGGACCAGCCAACAUUGUUCAGUCUUUUGGGGUUAAGGCUAAGAAGCCCUCUUGGAAGGUUGGAUCAUCCUACGCUCUUAAGAAGCCUUUAAAAAGUACAUUCAAAGUACAGAUCGAGGAUGAUUCAGAUUUGAUUGAUGAAGAUAGCCUUUUGACGGAGGAGGAUUUGAAGAAACCUCAGCUACCUACUGCUGGCGAUUGCGAAGUUGGAAGCACACGGAAAGCUUGCAAAAAUUGCACAUGUGGGAGAGCAGAGGAAGAAGAGAAGGUGCAAAAGUUGGGACUGACAAUGGAUCAGCUGAAUAAUCCUCAGUCCUCGUGUGGCAGUUGUGGACUAGGGGAUGCUUUUCGUUGCAGUACAUGCCCUUACAAAGGUCUUCCGACAUUCAAGUUGGGUGAGAAGGUUUCCUUAUCCGGGAACUUUCUUGCGAUGGACAUUUAAACAUGAAUUUGGAGUUGAUUUUCUUGGUUCUCAUCAAGGUUCUCUAAUUCUUUACAGAAGGGCCUGGCUGAUGAGAGUUUUUUUCACUUGGAAUGUAAUUUUACUCUCUUACUAAUCGUAUUUGUGUUCUAUCAUUUUAUGUAUGUAUAUACUGAUUGUGCUUCUUGAGAUAUAGACUAUAUGCAAUGCAUAAUGAAAGUAAAUCUUGAACUUUGUCC